CGACGAGUGGGGGUUCCUGGUCGGCUCGUCGUCAUGAGAUGAGCUUUAUAAAGGAAGAGAAGCCCCAAUUGACUACUUCUUAAUUGCUUCACUCUCUCUUUCUCGUCAUCUCAACACUCACACUUCCAUACUCAUCAUGUCUGUUCCCGACAAGUUCCAGGGCUUUCAGUCCCCCAGCGCCGAGCACUGGACCGACUUCCAGAAGAACUCAUUUGAGCCCCGUCCCUUUGGCGAGUACGAUGUCGACAUCAAGGUCGAGUGCUGUGGUGUCUGCGCCAGUGACCGUCACACCAUCAGCGGCGACUGGGGCGGUUGCCCUUAUCCUCUCGCCGUAGGCCACGAGGUUGUUGGCAAGGUUCUCCGUGUUGGUGACAAGGUCACUCUCGCUAAGGUCGGCGACCGUGUCGGUGCUGGUGCCCAGGUCUGGUCGUGUCUUGAGUGCCAUCAGUGCAAGAAUGACAAUGAGACCUACUGUAAGCACCAGAUCGACGCCUAUGGCGCUGAUUACCUCGAUACUGGUUUCAAGACCCAGGGUGGUUACUCUUCUCACAGCCGAGUGCAUGAGUACUGGGUCUACCCCAUUCCCGAAGCCCUCUCCAGCACCCAAGCUGCUCCCAUGCUCUGCGCCGGUAUCACCGUCUACAGCCCACUGAAACGUCUCGGCGCCGGAUCCGGCAAGAAGGUCGGUAUCGUUGGUAUCGGUGGUCUUGGCCACUACGGUGUCAUCUUCGCCAAGGCCCUCGGCGCUGAAGUCUGGGCCAUCUCCCGUUCACGAGCCAAGGAGGCCGACGCUCGCAAGAUGGGUGCCGAUGGCUUCCUGGCCACUGGUGAGAAGGACUGGACCAAGGGCCACGAGAUGUCCUUCGACAUCAUCAUCAAUACUGCCACUUCUUUCGAGGGCUUUGCUCUCAGCGAGUACCUCAGCCUGCUCGAUGUGCACGGCCACUGGAACUCCGUUGGUCUUCCCGGCGGUGAUGGUAUCUCCAUCCGCAACCAGGACUUCAUCACCAACGGCUGCUACAUCGGAACAUCGCACUUGGGUAGCCGACGUGAGAUGCUUGAGAUGUUGCAGCUCGCUGCUGACAAGGGCCUCAAGUCGUGGAUCGAGGAAAUUCCUAUCUCCAAGGAGGGUCUUCAGAAGGCCAUGGAGGCUCUGAAGACAAGCUCUGUUCGCUACCGAUCUUGCAUGACCAACUAUGAGGAGGCUUUUGGUGCUUGAGCGUGUGGAAAUAUGAAAAAAUAAAAAGAAGGAGUUUGUUGGGAG